CACACACAGGACUUCUGCUCUCACUGCUUCACAGCUGAUUCAAGCUCUUCAGUGGAUCUCAGGCCUGUCCCAGGAAAACUUAAGAGCUGCAAUAAUAACAGAGCAGCUGGAGGAGAAGGUUCAGGAGAAGCUCUUACCCCAGGGUAUCAACAUCUGCCCGGAGGAUGGGUUCCAUUGGAGAAACAUUCGCGCCCUCGUUCGUGAGGAAACCUCAACUCCGACAAGAGGAUGAAGGAAACAGACUCAUCUUCGAGUGCAAGCUUGCAGGAAGUCCCAAACCCGACGUUUCCUGGUUUCGAGAAGAUGCUAAACUCGAAGAGGAUGAUAGAACUUAUAUAAGAAUUUCCGAAGAUGAAAAAAAUACAUUUGCUGUGAUACUUGAGUUAAAUGAUGUAGUAGAAACAGAUGCUGGUCUAUAUAAGGUGAAGGCGAAGAAUAAGUAUGGCGAGGUUUCAGCUUCAAUCAACCUAAACUUUAGUCCUGUUGAUGCUCCUCCUCAACCCCAGGUUGACGGGACAGCUCCAACAUUUUCUAAAAAACCAACAAUUAGACAGGAAGAAGAUGGCCGUGUAUUGGUUUUCCACUGUGGGAUAGUGGCAGACCCUACACCAGUCAUCACAUGGUAUCAUAACGGUGUCAAGGUGCAAGACACUGCUAAAUACCAGGUUGUAACGAAACAAGAAAACCAGUAUACAUUCGACAGCUCUCUUAUUAUGCGUGAUGUUACAGUAGAAGAUACAGGAAAGUACAAGGUGACCGCUAGGAACGACCUAGGAGAGUCAAAUGCAACAAUCAGUUUAAAUUUUGAUAGUGAUGAGGCGUGUAUUCCCAAGGGGGGAGUAAAGCCAACCUUCACCGAACGUCCAGUAAUCAGGCAGUCUGAUGAGGGGAAUACAAUUAUAUUCCAGUGCAGGCUUGCAGGAGACCCGCAGCCGAACCUGACCUGGUACCACGGGGAAAAGGUGCUAACGGAGACAAGCAGGAUCAAGAUGACAAUGAAGCAGGAGAAGCAGACCUACUACCUCUGCUGUCUGGAGAUAUCCAAUGUAGAGGCAGCAGAUGCUGGACAAUACAAAGCAGUUGCCAGCAACAGCAGUGGAGAGUCCCAGGCCACCAUAAACUUGACCUUCCAGGACAGUGGGCCGGGCAAACCAAAGAUUCCAGAUGGUCUUGCACCCAGGUUCCCUAAAAAGCCUAGUAUAAGGCAGGAAGGGGAUAACCUAGUGCUUGAAUGUCAGCUUGAGGCCAACCCUUUACCUGAGAUAACAUGGUUCAGAGGAGAACAGAGAGUUGAAGAAACUAAAAGGAUGAGAUAUGAGUGUAAGAAACACAGCAAGAAUAAAUAUAUUCUCACACUCACCAUAAAGGAGCCAAGUCUGGCGGACGCUGGUCUUUACAGAUGUAACGCAUUUAAUGCGUACGGAGACAGUAAUGCAAAUAUUGACCUUAAUUUUGAAACUGGAGAGGAGGGAGGACCUGCCACUGAUCAAGGGUCCCAAGAGGUCCCUGGAGAAGUCUCUAAACCAGUAGGAGAUGGGUUCCCUCCAACCUUCACGGAGAAACCUAGAAUUGUUCCAAAUGAAACUGGAACUUUAGUCUCAAUGAAAUUCAAGGUUCGAGCUAAACCAAAGGCUGAGAUGCAAUGGUUCAAGGGAACCCAGAAGAUCAAGGAAGGAUCAAAGUUUGCCGUCAAGUAUAUUGACUGUGGUAAAGACGAGUACGAGAUUAUCCUCGAGAUUUCGAAACCCUGCGCUGACGAUGGAGGAGAUUAUAAAUGUAUGAUGAAAAAUGAAUACGGUCAGCUGCAAGCUAAACUCAACCUUAACAUUGAAGCCGAGCCUGCCUCAGCCCCUGCCGGAGCUGCCCCAACCUUCAUGGAGAAACCUAAAAUCGUAACGAAGGAAGAUGGAAAGCUGAUUAUGUUGAUUGUCAAGUAUCGUGCUGAGUCAAUGUGCCAGUGUGUUUGGUCCUACAAGGAGACCAAGGUUGUCGAGACCAAGUCCAUCAAGAUCGUUCAUGAGAAGAUUAGCGACUACUUUGAGUCCCGUAUGGAGUUGGCGGAUCCAGCGCCAGAAAAUGCAGGAGUGUACAAGUGCAUUGUCAGUAAUCAAUUCGGAGAGAUUAAUGCUAAUCUUUCACUCAAUAUAGAGGUCGCUCCAGUCAUCAGGGAGCGUCCUAUUAUAAAGAAGGUGGAGAAGAAGAAGAGUGUUGUCCUGCAGUGCGCUGUCCAGGGCAACCAGGAGAUCGAGGUCCAGUGGUUCAAGGAGGGCCAGGCCAUUGAUACUAAACAGGAAACUAAAUUCUCUGUUCAGAAGAAGAAAUCUGAAGUAAGAGAGGGAGAAACUAUUGUUCAACUGGAGAUUAAGGAUACUGAGAUCACUGACAAGGGUAAUUACAAGCUAGUUGCUAAAAGUGUAUCCGGAGAAACCCAGAGCCAAGCAGUUCAGCUUUUAGAGGAGCAGGUAAAAAUGGAGGCUGCCGAAGUUUCAAUAGAAGCGACGACAGAAUCCUCCGAAGAGACAGUAAAGAAGAAGAAGAAGAAGGUUGUCAAGAAGAAGAAGAAGAAGGAGGAAGAAAAGGAGAUUAAAGCUCCUGAAAUUGCAUCCUACCUGAAAAACUUUAUUAAAAAGGAAGGGGAAGAUGUCGAGUUUAAAUGUCGUCUUGAAGAGGAAAUGGAAGAGGGUGAGGUCAAGAUGACCUGGUUUUUUAACGACGUUGAAAUCACUGCCUCAGAUAGAGUUCUGAUCACGUUUGAUGGACUGUACGCCACUCUACAGCUGAUUGGCUGUACACUAGAGGAUGGCGGAACCUAUAAGGUCGUCUUUUCUAACGAAAAGGGACAAGACGAAACCUCAGGAAAGGUCAACGUUAAAGAGGUCCCAAAAGAGGCCCCAAAAGAGGAUGAAAACAAAAUAAAAGAGAAAAAGAAAGUUGAAGAACCCAAACCUGAACCAAAGCCCUUCAAGAUGCCCAAGAAGGUUGAGAAGAAAGAUCCUGUUCCAGAAACUGAACCCUCCUCAUCGGAGGAACCGUCCUUUAAACUACCUAAAAAGAAACCGUCUGUUCAAAAGCAACUCCCAAAAGAAGAACCCAAGGAAGAAGAAUCCCCAUUUGGAAAGAUAAAACUAAAGAAAGCAGAACGGGUUCAGAGAACCUGGGAGGACGACAGCCUAGAGAAAGUUGAUCUAAAGCAUCACGAGUUUGAACGCCCGCCCCAGGACGAAGAGCCUGAGGGUAAAAGCACAGUAAAACUUGGCAAAGCUUUGGAUAUUGAUCUUGGAGAUGAUAAAACGAAGAAGAAGAAGAAGAAGAAAGCAAAAGAGGACGAAAAAGAAGAACCUGAAGAAGAACAGGUCCCCGAGGAAGAAGUAGAAAAGGUUGAGGAGAAGGAAGAGGAGGUUAAAAAGUUGAAAAAAUCUGUUUCCUUCAAAGAGGAACCAGAAAUUGAAACUUUUGACAAAGAAACCGGGAAAAAGAUUGUUAAGAAAACUGUAAAGCGAAUUGUGAAGGUGCGACGGAAAAGUCAGGACUCGGAUGAUUUUGAUGUUGAAGACGACAGUUCCAAGACAACUGAUCUCAGCACAGAGUCAUCUGCCGGACUUGAAGAGAAACUAAAAUCUGGAAGUUCCGCUGCAGAAAAUACAUCAGAGGAGUUUGGUAGAAAUACGAAUCGACAAGUAAGGUCAUGGGUUCAGAAGCGACAAACUAUUCAAGCGCAACAGCAAGGUCCUAAGGAUAGCUCUGAACAUGUAUCUGAAACUACCAUAUUCCACAUAGACGAGAAGCAAAGCACCCAAACCCAAAAAUGCGUCCUACGGAAAAGAAUAGUAAAACAUGAAUGCGAGAAUAAGAAGUGGACAGAAGUGUUUGAAGAUUCUUUCUUCAUCCCUCUUCAACAGUUGAACCUUAAUCAGUUCAUCUCGACUUCGGAGAGUGUUUGCGGAACAGUUUUACUCAAGAAAGUUCUUCUUCUGCACAGAAAAGAGAAUGGUCAAGAAAUUGAAGAAGAAUAUGAGCUACCAGAAGCUGGACAAAUUACAGAAACCUGUCUCCCGGUCUUAGACUAUACCCAGAUAACUGAUAUCAGGAUACAAACUCAAUCAAAAAUUGCUCAGGAAGAGAACAGACUUGAAACAGAGAAGAAACUAAUCAGCGGAGAUCUUCCAGUGAUAACAGAUAGAACUGACACUAUUGAGAAAAUGAUGAUCAAAGAUAUGUCUGAUAACGAGUUCACAGAAAUCCAUGCUGUUGCAUCAAACACUGGCACUGAUGGUGAAAUGAAAGUGCAACAUGCUUCGAAACUACAAGGGGAAACUCAAGAAGUUGAAGAUUCUCAGACCUUAUCAACAGUGGAAUUAGAACAAAUAUCAGCUUCUCAAAAAGUUCAUGAUCAAGAGUACAGCGGCAAAUCUACACAGAUAGCAAAUACAGUUGGUGUUUCAUCCAAUGUUGAAAGCUCAGUGGAGUUCAGCUUGAAAGAAGUUGAACCUCUAAAAGCUGUUCGUAAACAAGAUAAGAUUCCAAUCUUGGCAUCUCAGAGUGUUGAGCAAAGAUUCUCAGGUCUAAUUGUAGAAGGCGGAGAUAAACUCAAGGAUGUCUCUAAAGAAACGACUGUAAAAGUGCAUCAGCCAGAAGCCAGAAGCAAAGUUAGGACCAACAUCAAAGUAACUUCAAACUUGAAAGAGUUUUCAGUAAAACAAGGAGAAGUUCAAGAACCUUUGGAUGAGGCAUCUGCACUGAUGCCAUUAAUUGAAAAGAUUGGGCAUGACAAGACUGUAAGAGAUUUGACCAAAUUUCAGGAUAAUUCUAAAAAUCAGGCAACACUGAUUACUAGACAAGGUGGAGAAAUCUUAUCAAUGGAGAGAACUGAAAUGCUUGCUGAAAAUUCAUCUGAUAACAUGGGAGUUGCAACUGUUAAAAGAAUAGAAAUAGAUACAACUGAGAUUGAACAGCAGUUACCGCUCUCUAUAGUAGAGAAAUUAGUGCCAGAAAUCAAGGAGACAACUACUGCUAGGACAGGAAUUGCAAUUUCAAAGCGUCAAGUUGCCGAAAAGAUGUCAAAAGUAGUUGGACGACCAAAAGUAGAUACAGAAGAGAUAGAUUCAUGUCUUGAAAUUUCCUCUGAGAAGACAACCCCCCUAAAUAUAACUAGCUCUGAAGUCAGAGAUAGAAAAAAUAAAGCCGAGAGAGUUUCUAAACAGGUUGGUGCUGAGGAAAAGGUUGAAGAUUCCCUGAUAUUGGAACAAGAAGCUGUAUCUAGCACUGCAAUAGUUUCUUUAACUCCUAAAUCUGCUUUACAGCAAGCAGUUUUAAGGUCUACUGAAUCUGGAGAGCACAAAAAAGAUGAAGAGCUUGGGACAUUUUCAGGAAACAAUAAAGUUGGGGCUUCUGCACAGACAGGUGUAAGAUCAAAAAUGGAGACAACUGCUUUGCAGAUCGUUGAACAGAGCACAAGUGAAGAAAGCAUAAACCUUUCUCAAAAUCCAGAAGUUGUUGUCAAACUAAAGCCAAGUAUAGCCCCAGGGUCUAUUAAUUUAACUAAGAAAACUGAAACUAUUAUUUUUGAAGACCUUGGCCUUGAUGAUAAAACACUGAAGAACACCAUGCAAACAGUGGCAAAUUUAUCUUUGGAGGAUAAACAUGAGAUGCAACAAUCUUCUAAUCAAACUGUUGAGCUUGGGCAGGAUCAUACAGAAGAAGUGCAAAGUUUACAAUCAGAGCAAUCUCCAAGAGAAACUGCUGUUCUGAAAAAAGAGGGAAAGAAGACAAACUUAAGGCCUAAGUCAAUUGAACGCAUUGAAGGUAUAGAUACGGACAUUCUAACUACCUCCCAGAUCAAUAAUGCAACAGCUUCUACUGUCCAAGCUGUGACUUUGAAAGAAGGUAACAAGGCAGACCUUGCAAAGAAAAGUGUAACGUCCCAAGGGUUAAGUUACUCAUAUGACCAAUAUGAAAAUCUGGAUACAAAAAUUUUACAAAAAGAAAGGGCAAAAUCAAUAGAUCAGACAUUUGAUCUUCUACACAUUGAAGAAACAACAUCCCAAUUUGAUUCCAAGAAAGUUCCGAGGGAAGUUGUUACAAUAGGCACUAGUAAAGCAAAGGUUUUAAGGGAUAGAGCAAAAUCUGUAGAUCAUAAGCUGGGCAUAUCACUCAUUGAAGAGUCUGUUGAUGAACUCAACCCAGGCCUAGAAGUUCUUAAAACUGCAAAAGUAAGAAAACAAAACAAUCCAAUAACAGAACAAACUACCUCAGUAGACAAACAAAUAGGAGAGACAGGUUCUGUACAAAUAGCUGAGGAAAAUAUUUCAAGAAUCCCUGAUACUGAUAAAAUUUGUUCAACUUCAGAAAAGUCUAAAAUUCAAAAAAUAGUUGUUCAAAGAGAAACAAAUCAAGGCAUAAGUAUGGAUUAUGAAAAGUGCAAGGAUAUUGAGCCUGUAUCUAUGUCAGAAAAAACAAGAGCAUUGACAACUACUGGUGGCAAAAAAGCAAAAAACAGAGCCACAUCAAUUGAAAGAAGCAUGGGUGCUCUACAGAAACAAGAAAUUUCAGAUUUUCUAGAGCCUGAAGUUCCAAUACAUGACACUGCUGUUAUGGAAUAUGAGCAAGAUUCUAAAGCUCAAGCAAGAUCUGUUGAAAAAUUGGUUGGAGAAGAAAGAGAUUCAGAAGAAACUCUUGAUUUGAAAGUUGUUCUUCCCAGUGGGCACCUACCUGCGGUUGUUAAAGAAAAACAUGUAAGAGAAACCUCCCUUUAUUCUGCGAGAUCAGAAGGACUUAUCCAGGAAUCAGAUGAGUGUGAACAGUUGAAACCUAAAACUCAAACAAGAGAAGAAAAAGCUGAGUCUAAGGUUCACAGAAAGGGUUACAAAGAUAGAGUCAAAUCUAUUGAGCGACAAGAAGGGUUUGUAAAUGUUAAUGACAAGGCCACAGAUCUAAAAGGUCAAGAAAAUGAGGUUGAAGCCACAGAAGUGGUGGAAACCCAAAGAAAGCUAAGCAUUGCAAGGGCAUGUGAGAAGCAGCUUGGAUUGACAGAUAGUCUCAUGAUACCUACUGAGUUUUCUGAAAAGGAUAUCUCAAACUACAAGAGCAUAGAACCUACAGAAAACAUGAUGCGGCCAAAACACAGAGCAAGAUCAAUUGACAGGAAAAUGGGACAUGCCAUUGUUGAUGAGUUAACUAUGGAAAUGCCAACAGGAUAUCAAGCUAAAGAGUUUACAGCAGAUAUUUCCUCUCAGGCUCUAACCACUGAAUUACCCAGCAAGACAUCUGUGAAUGAGGGCUAUGUACAGAUGUCUGAAACGAUGGAGGAGAUGUCCCCGACUGAAGAAGAAAAGGGCAAUGCAAGCAUCAUCUUAAAUAAAAAAGUAAGCUUUGAUCAGGCACAGUUGAAACCUCACCUAUUUGGUGUUGAUGUUAGCUAUGACAACACUGAAAAUAUGGAGAAUGAGAUUGAUAAACCAGCAACAGCUAUGUCAAAAACAAUUGGAAAGUAUCAAAGACAAAGUAAAUCAGUUGAUAAACAAUUGGGGAUAUAUGCUGAAGAACUAGCUACUCAGGAUCUUAGUCUUAAGACUAGUCUGAAGGCAGUAACUGCGUUGCCUACAAGUGAAAUCAAAAAGUUGAAGAGGGUGGUAUCUAAUUCCUCAAAAAUUGGGUUUAUGCCAAAAAAUGAGACAACAAAAAGUAAUCCAUCUGAAGAAUCUCUAACAAUGACUGCUAAAGCAGGAAAAGAACGGCCAAAAAGCAUUGAAAGGUCAAUAAAUUCAGUAGCAGCAAUUGGUAAUUUAACAAAAGAAGAAGUUUGUGAGGAUAUAAAUGAAACAGAAGAUAUUUCUGUACAAAUUAAAGCAUCCAAAAUUAAAUCUGAAAGACACAGAUCAAAAUCUAUUGACCGUAGGGUUGGAAUAAAUAUGGAAGAGCUCACAGUGGAAUAUUUUGAAACUGAACCACUACAGCCAAAGGAAGAUGUCCAAAUAUUACAUGAAAAUAGUAAUUCAGAUAAAGGAACACUAAGUUCUUACAUACAAGGAUAUCAACCACAUCAGGAAGAAAUAAAAGAUUUCAGUCAAGAUGAUUUUGAAACAUGCAAAGCAUCUGAAGCUAAAGUUCAAUCUGAAACAAGAAAAAAAGCAAAGAAACGUGAUAAAUCUCUUGGGCAUUAUCAGGAAGAGGAGGAAGCUAAAGUAUUUGAUGUAAAUCCAGAGAAAAGGGAAUCAUUGACUGGAAAGAUUGUUGGAAAUGUAUUUGGGAAGGUGAAGUCCAUUGGAUUAGGAAUGGGUAUUUACCAUGCUGAAGACUCUGCAAAGGAAGCAGAUUUAGUUCAGCCAAAUCUUAAGCAAGCCAAUGAAGGCAUUGUAAAGGUUUGUCUUCAGAAUCCAGUAAAAAAAUCAGAGCUAAUUGGACAAAAUGUUAAAAAAGAUGAAAUAAAUGACUUAAAAAACAAUUUGGAAAAUCCUUUACUACCAAAAGUUCAGCUAACUAGGAGCAAAAGCAGUGAAAGAGCAAAACGAGUUUGUCUGGAACAAGGAUUUGAACCCAAGGAAGAGUCUUGUGAUUCAAGUGAAAAGUCAAUCCUUAAAACAGCUUUAGCAACUUCCUCUGAAACUCCAAAACAAGAUACUAAUCGGGCGUUCUGUGCGACUAAGCAAACUGGGGUGUAUUUGCCUGAGGAAACAUCUUCUGAAGGUUUGAAUAAACCUUUUGAAACUUUAACCGCCACUGAAACAACUGCUGUUUCUGGUUACAAUAAAAGAGCAACAUCUAGGCCCAGAGUGCAAGGAUUUGAAACUAGAUCUGAGCAAGCAUCUGCUUUGGAGAACAUGGAGCUAGAACAAUCAACAGGCCAGAGUUCAACUCACAGGGAAAGCAGAAAUAGAGCUGUAAAAAAAGAGAAGCCAUUCGGGGUCUCUGAAACUAAAGAGUAUUUGGAAGAUAUUGAAGAUGCUAAACUUGAUUUAGCUUCCGCAGCAGAAACCAGGGUUGAGCAACUAAAGUUAGCACAGCAGUAUAGUCCAGAUGUCAAGCAUGAAGAAAUUAUUUCAACUAUUCACAGUGAUGAGACUAAACCUGUAAUUAACACUCAAGAGACCAUGCAGGAUGAAGACAGUGCUCCCAGCCAGGCUUCCACAAAAUUAGAUUCUAACAAAAAAGCGGUUGUUAAAAAAACUGUUAAAAAAGUGGUUUCUAAACCAACCGAAGAAGAAACUCCAGAUUUUACUUCCGUUGCCAAGAAAUUGAAAAAAACAGAAACUAUUAAAAGACCAAUUGAGGAAAUAAAACUUGAGACAGUAGAACUAGUUCACCAUGAGUUUGAGUGUACUCCUAAAACUACAGCAGAAGAAAUGCAAACCAAUGUUAAGAUCGCAACAGAACCCUUCAAGGAUGGCAAAAGCGAAGAAGAUUCUAAGAAAAAGAAAAAGAAGAAAAUUGAAAAAACAACUAAAAAUGUAUCUGAGGAAAAAGCUGAUAUUCCAACAGUUAAAAAACCUGAUGAAACUAAAGAAAAUACGAAAAAGAAUGAAGGUUUGGUCCAAAGUAAACCUGAAAUAGAAUCAGAAGUGAUCUUGUCUGAAGAAACUACAAAUAAAGAAGGAAAAACUUCCACACAAAUAAAGACAACAACAAAAAUGAAAACAUUUGAGAAGGAAAAAGUAAUGAUUUCAGAAAAGGAUGAUGAAGGUGCCCAAAAAUUGAAAGAGCUGGAGAAGGCUCCAGUUGGAGAAUGCAAACCCAGGAAAGAAUCAGAAGUGAGGUUGCAUGAAGCAACAUUAUCAGAAAAAGAAGAAAGUGUUGACGUAAAAAUUAAGGAAGAUGUGAAAACUACAGCUAAAAUAAAGAUAUCUGAAAAGGAAAAAGAGUCAAUUUUAGAUGAUGGAAAAUCUGUUCCUGCAAAGGAAAUGGACAAGCCUUCGCUGACUGAAAAAGAUGGACUGGAGACCAAAAAGACACCUAGGAAAUUUUCAAAACAAAAAGAGAUAGUUGUUGAAGACUUAUCAGGUUUUGCAAAAAAGCUGAGAAAAACUGAAAUUGUGAAGAGGCCAAUUGAAGAAACUAAACUUGAAGUUGUAGAAUUAGUUCAUCAUGCUUUCGAAUCUUCUCCACAAGAGGAAGAGCCAGAAAUGCAGACAGCAGCAAAGCUUGCUUCAGAACCAUUAGAAGACAUUCCUGAUGUAGUAGAAGAUGAUGCUCCGAAAAAGAAGAAAAAGAAAGUUAUAACCGUCAAAAAGAAAGCGGUUGAAAAAACUGAACCAGCAACUCCCAUACAAAAAGGAGUUGUGGAACCUAUUGAAGAGUUAAAAACUAUUAAAGAUUUAAAACCCACACCAGUGAAGCCUAAAGAAGAAGUGGCAGAAAAUAAAAUUGAAGAAAAUUUAGAACCUGCCUUUGCAGUUAAACUGAAAAAGUCUGAAGUUAUAAAAAGACCAAUUGAGAAAGCAGAAUUAGAAAAAAUUGACUUGGCUCAUCAUGAUUUUGAAAAUGCUCCCUUGGAUCCAGCAAUAGAAAUGAAUAGCUCAAUUAUUACAGGCACUAAGAUUGAAAAGAAAACUAAACAGAUGAAAAGGUCAGUGAAAAAUUCGAAUAAUAAUUCAAACCCAGACACUUCUACAUCUGAUGAUGAAUCAAUUAUAUCACUCAAAUCUGAUGAUAUUGACUCAGUAAAAGGUGAACCGGAGUCUGAUCUAAAAAGUGACACAACUCCAAAAAAAGAACCAUUGAAAAAAUCAAAUAAAAAGGCAUUACCAACCAAACCUGAAGAUCCUGAGCCCGGUAUUCCAAAGCUAAAAAAAGCUCCUCCUCCUAGGCCCAAGGACCUAACACCAGAAAGAGAAACUGUAAAACUGAAACACCAUGAUUUUGAGUCUAAACCUUUGGAUAUUCCUGCUGAAGAAAAAACAGGAAUAAAACUUAAAAUUACAGAUGAGGCCCUACCUGGUAAAGAUAAAAAAGUAAAGAAAAUAAAAAAGAAAAUACCGAAGGAGAUUAAUCCUCAAAUUCCACAAUCAGAUGAAGAUGAGUUGGUUACAGAAGAAGUGGAGCGAAAGGAAAAAGAUCCUAUUGUUAAACCUGCUGCUGCAAUCACAAAAAAACAUGCAGACCAUGAAAAAAUAGAACUUCCAACGUUCCUAAACUUUCCCUCUGAACAAGGAUUAUCAAUUGUCAAAGAUGAAACACCCCAAGAGCUGAAGAAUGCGCCUGAAUUUGCGGAACAAGCCAUAGAAACUGUGGAAGAUGAUGAUACUUCUUCAGAAUCUGUUAAAAAAACUAAACCUUCUGUUAAAAUAUCAAAAACAAAAAAGAAAGCAAGGUCUGAAGAUGACUUUAGGCAAAUCCCAAUCACAGUGUUAAAAUCAGACAUGACAGAUGAGACAGUCACUGAUUCUGAGCCAGUUAUAGAAGAGCCUCUAGACGAUAUUGCAGAAAAACUAGACAAUCUGCAAAUCGUUGAGGCUGACGAAAAUGAUGGGAUCAUAGAUCAGAAUAAGGUGGUUUCUAUUCCUAUUGCUGUAAUCGAAAUCCCUGAUGAGACAGGGGACGAUACACCUUCAAAAAAGACUACAGAGAUUCUUGAAAUCACAGAGGUUGACUCUCUCCCAGAAACUCCAGUGAAGGAUUCUGAUUUGCACACAAACACUGCACCGGAGACUACAUUGGAUAAAAUUCCUAAACAUGAAAACAAACCCCAAAAAAAUACUAAACCAACAGCGAAACCCUUCAGAGAUUCAGAAUCAGUCACAUCAGAAUCAAAAUCCGUCCCGUCAAAAGUUGGCACUAAGAAAUUAACAAAGGCUCAAAAAGUAACAUCCCCAGUUCAACCAGCAGAACCAACAAAAGUUAAGUCUGCGGUCAAAGCACUAAGCCCUCCUAGGGUUGUCGUGGAGGAUGAAACAGAAAUGGAAACUGAUUUCACCUCUGAAUAUUCAGCAACGGAGGAUGAUGUUGAAUCUUUGGCUGAGCAUGAAACAUCUGGAAUUCCCAUGACUGAUUUUGAAUCUCUGAAUAAUAAUAUCAAACAUAAAAGACCUAAACAAUUUAAAAAAGAAAUUCUGAGUUGGAAAAAGACAAGUCCACACCCGGAACCAGAGUCAGUUACCCCUGACUCCUCUUCUAUUUCUCAACCCAAACCUGAAAAACCCACAAAAGUUAUUGAAACGAAAAAAGAGGAGGUGAAAGAAGAAGUGCAAAAAGUGGGAACCCCAUCAGUGUCACCAGUACGCUCUGCUCAAUCCUCCAGAGCUUCUUCCCUCACUGGUAGCUCAAAGUCAGAGGUUCCGGAGAAGAAGAAAUCCUACAGAGAAAUCCGCGAAGAACAGCUGGCAAAGGAAAGAGCGGAAAAGGCUGCCCAAGAAGCAGAGGAGGAAGCCAAUAAGCCUGCAGGGCCCAACUUUAAGAUUACAAAGUCGCGCCGUAGGUUAAGCGGACAGGAUGGGGAUGAGAAAUCAGAAUGGGAGAGAAGACUUGAAAAGCCGUCAGUUCCUCUAAAAGCUACAGGGGACCCAGGACCUCCACGUAUUGUAGAAAUUCAGGAGAAAUACAGCGCUGUCGAAGAACAAACUGCUUGCUGUUAUAUGUUCGUUGAGGGAAAUCCUGCUCCUACGUUUAAAUUCUACAAGGGCUCCACCAUUAUCCUGGAGGGUGGCAGAUACAAGCUAGUCUCAGAUGGAGAUAAUAAUAAUAUGAUCAUGCUCGCCAUUACUAAGGUCAAAGCCAAUGACGAAGGAGAAUACAGGGUGGUCAUAGAAAAUGAACAUGGAAAAGAUGAAAAAUCGUUUAUGCUCUACGUUUCAGAUGCCAGUGGAAUGGAUUUCAGAUCUAUGCUGAAAAAGAAAAAGUAUUCUAAGUGGGCUGGUGAUGAUGAAGGACCAGAUUGGGGAGAUCUCAAGCAUAAUGAGAAAGAAGAAGAACCACAACUGAAGAAAGUUAAAGAGAAGCCAGAGGAAUGGGUUAUUCCACUCAGGGACAAAACUAUUAAAGAAAUUGAAGAUAAGAAGGUUGUAUUCCAAUGCCAGUUCAGUAAAGAGAACCAAAAAGCAAAGUGGACUUAUAAGCGUGAAGAGCUCUUCCAGGGCCCACGCUAUAAGAUUGAACAGCUGGAGGAUGAAGACGGUCAACUUACCGUACAUCAGCUAACGAUUAGCAAACCAAUGCAUAAGGAUAUGGGAAAAUAUGUGUGUGAUAUCGGUGGUAUCACAACAGCUUCAUAUUUAGACGUAGAGGAGGCUCCUCCCGACUAUCACUUUACAAAAAAGCUUGCUAAGCAGUAUUCAAGUCUACCUGGGGAAGAGAUUUCAAUGCAGUGUACGCUCAACAGCUAUAAAGCUAGUGUACGCUGGUGGAAGGAUGACAAAGAAAUAUUAGAGACAGAUAGUGAUUUUGAAAUUGACAAAGACAUUAUGGGAAUCUGUAAGCUCACAAUUAAAAAUCCGCAAAAACACCACAUGGCGAAAUAUCACUGCAGAAUUGCUGGUCGAGAGAAAGAAAAAAAUUGUUUUACCAAAACAGAAUUUGUUCUUAAAGCGCAACCCUGCUACUUUACUAAACAGCUGAUGAGCAAACGAGAAAUAGAACAUAGAGAAGUCACUCUACACUGCCAGGUUGACAUCGAAGAGGCGGAUGUGACCUGGUAUUUUGAAGAUAUUGAGAUCAUCAAGGGCUACCCCGACUGGUUCGAUCACAUCAAGUUCGUUGACGAUGUCCGCGAGCGUAAACUUGUCAUCACCGAUUGCCCGCUUGGGGCUGAAGGUCGAUUUACCGCCAAGACGAACCAGGAUGAGACGGAGUGUAAGCUCCGUGUGGUCCCGGAGAACAAGUUCUUGAAACCCCUGGAGGACCAAACCUGCCAGGAGAAGGAUCAAGUAAUCUUCGAAUGCCAGAUGGGAGAUCCAGAGGCAGAGGCAGAGUGGAAAAUUGCUGGAGAAGUUGUCAAAGAAAAUGACAGGAUUCAGAUCAAGAAGCUUGACAAGGGUGUACAUAAGAUUAUUAUCUUGCACGCUCGUUUGACCGAUACCGGCGUGGUGACCUGUACCUGUGUUGGUCAAAACGAGACCUCAGCGCAGCUUAUGGUCAAUAAGAGAGACCCCCCUGAUGUUGAUGCUGGAGACCAAGAUGCUGAUGGGGGAAAGGUCAAGGUCAAGGCCAAAGCUCGACAGGGUGGUGGGGGCAGUUUAGUGGGCAUAAUACGAGAUGGCGCUGGUGUCGAUAUACCGCUGGAUCAGUACACAUUGGAACAAGACGGGGAUAACUUCUCAUUCAACUUCAAGAAACCGUUCAGACCACGUUCUGGCAGAUACACUGUUGUAUUUACUAAUGAGGGUGGAUCAACAGCUAAAGACUUUAUGGUCAAUUUCCUGGACGUGCCCAGCCCUCCAUUGGGUGUGUCUGUCUCCGAUAUCCAUGCAACAUUCUGUAAUCUUCGCUGGGAAGAACCACAGGAUGAUGGCGGUUCCCCGAUCACACAUUACAUUAUUGAGCAGUGCAGUGCAGACACCAAACCAAACCAAGAAAUUUGGCGGGAAAUUGGAGAAACGGUGGCAGGGAGGACGACAUUUAAGACUGAACUCGUGGAUGGUCAAAAAUACCGGUUUAGAGUUCGUGCACUAAACAAAAUUGGAACUUCUUUACCUGCAGAGCUUCAAGAUUUUGUCCUUGCUAAAGAUCCUUGGGAUGUGCCAGGCCCUCCUCUGAAUAUUGAGGUGCUAGACUGGGAUAAGGAUUAUGUUGAUCUAAGCUGGGAGGCUCCACAAAAAGAUGGAGGAGCACCUAUUCUGAAAUAUAUUAUAGAACGAAAGGAAAAGUUUGGUAAGGACUGGGUGAAAUGUCACAUGACCGACUCCGCUGACCUGAAAACCAGAGUAACCGAUGUUCUUGAAGGAAAGCAGUUUGAAUUCAGAGUGAAAGCAGUAAACAAAGCAGGAGAAGGUGCGCCAAGUGAACCAAGUAAACUUGUCACAUGCAAGAGCAGAUUUGUUAAGCCCUUUAUUAUCGGAGACAAGAUGGUGGACGUUGUUGUAAAAUGCGGGAAAGUAAUCAGCUGGGAUAUCAAAUAUGGCGGGGAACCUGAUCCAGAAGUUAAAUGGUUCUUUAACGACCAAGAGAUUAAAACCGAUGAAAGUUUAGACACCAGUACAAGACAAAGAGUGACUGUUGACAAAUAUCAAAGGAAUACUGUGCUAACCGUUAGAAGAACUUGUAGAGCUGAUACUGGGAAAUACAGGUUGGUAUUGACCAAUGACAGCGGAGAAUGUGAAACAUCAGCUGAUGGUGUGGUACUGGGCCGACCAUCAAGACCUACUGGACCCAUUGAGAUAACUGAAGUGCGAGCAAAGAGAACCAAGGUUGGUUGGCAUAAACCAGAAUCUGAUGGUGGAGUUCCUGUCACAAAAUAUAUCAUUGAAAAAAUGGACGUUGACACUGGCCGGUGGGUUCCCUGUGCCGAGGUAGAUGCCGACACUACUGAAACUACUGUGGACGGAUUAACCCCAGGGAAAACCUACAAGUUCAGGGUGAAGGCUGUGAAUAGUGAGGGUGAAUCUGACCCUUUGGAAUCUGAGGAUGCUGUUAAAGCGGUCAACCCGUAUACUGUUCCAGAUCCACCACAGAAUGUUUGUAUCCCGGACUGGACCAACGAGCUGGUUGAACUGACCUGGACUGCGCCGGUUCAAGAUGGCGGCCGCCCGGUCACUCACUACACGGUCGAGCAGAAGGGAAAAUAUGAUUUAGACUUUAAACAAUUUAUUAUUUUUUAA